AUGAAAAUCGCCACGAUUGUUCUGUUCGCCUGCUUGAUCGGCAUGGCUCUCUGCACACCACCUCGGGGUGGAAGAGGCGGUAAAGGCGGUGCCGGUGGAGAAGGCGGUCGAGGGGGCAACGGGGCAAUCGCCGGCGAUGGUGGCAGGGCUGGCAACGGUGGUCGUGGUGGACGAGGUGGAAAUGGAAAGAUAGCCGGUGACGGUGGCGAUGGAGGCAGAGCCGGCCGCGGCGGACGCGGAGGUGACGGAAAAGUCGCUGGAGCUGGUGGCAACGCCGGAAGAGGAGGCGCAGGAGGUCGAGGUGGCAAUGCUCUUCGAGGAUAA